CUGUCUUACAGUCUCUCAAUGGUGAUACUAAAAGAUGUAUCAUAGAAUGGUCGAAUAUUGUUCAAGCAAAAUACAGUUCUGAUGAUGUUGACAGCGAUGAUGAUGAUAAUAUAACUUAUUAUGGAGAUUCUCUUCUCAUAAUUGAAUGGAAUGAAAUAGGACUUAUUCAACGAAAUAUUCAAAAAAAUACUGUGGUGAAUUGUUGUAAUCCUUUUCCAGGUGCUAGUCUACCUCCAUCGGAUUCUCUUUUCUAUAUUGUUGAUAUGCAAAAUAUUCUUGCCCAACAAAUAAUUAAUAAAUUUAAAGCUGCUAAAAUUUUUGGCAUUUUUUCCUUGUAA